CUUUUGGUUUUAUUGUUCAAUUCCAUACGAAACAAACAAUAUAACGAAUAAUAUCUCGCGUGUAACAUAUUGCAAGAUAGUCUCGCGUUGAAAGGAAGCGUAAUACAAAUUCGGAGCAUGAAGAACUCAUCGUUCGUUUAUAUCUGGUUUAUUCUAUGUCUUGGGCUUCGAAAUUUACGUGCAAGAAGCAUCGAUAUUUCUCAAGAUAUUGGAGAGUGCAUGGAUCGAUCAAACAUGACAUUUCAUGAAUUAAUGAAACUUCGUGACUCGUCGGAGGCAAGAAUAAAAUUGAUAAACGAAGAGGAAAAUUUCAAGAGCUAUGGCUGUUUCUUAGCUUGCAUUUGGCAACAAUCUGGCGUGAUGAGUGGCUCUGAUUUGAGCACGUAUAACAUAGCAGGAAUUAUUGAAAAGAAAUAUCACGAUGACGAAAAUCUUAAAACAUUUUUCCAUAGAAUCGCGUUAACGUGCGAGGACGAGAUUUACAUAAAAUGUAAUUUUAGGCGUGAACGACAAGGCGUGUGACGUCGCUCUUAGCUUCAAACUGUGCAUGUUGAAAGCCAUGCGUAAUUAUCCCUGAAUCAAUCUAUAUUUUAUCUAUUUCCACUUGUCCAUUACCGCAAUCGCAAAAAUUGUAGACGAUUAAAAAAAAAAAAUAUUUCAUUA